AUGAAUACGAAAGAUAUGGCAAAGGGGACAAACGAUCAUCUAAAAGUUGUAAUUAUGGGUGAUGCUUGCGUAGGAAAAACUGCUAUUGUCGAGCAGUUCCUCUAUGAAAGGUGUCCCUUACACCACAAACCAACAAUUGAGGAUAUGUACUACAGGAAAUACGAUAUCUCAGGAACUAGUUUAACUUUAAAUAUACUUGAUACGAGUGGAUCCUACCAAUUUACGGAGAUGAAAAAGAUGGCUAUCAGAACCAGCGAUGCUUUCAUUUUGGUCUAUUCAAUUGACAACAUGGAGACUUUUAAUAUGGUGUCAGAUCUUAGGGACCUCAUACUAGAGAUUCGACAAGUGGAAGAACGUGUUCCCGUUGUGGUCGUUGGCAACAAAAUUGAUUUGAACAGCGCCAGAGCUGUGCCAAAGGACAUUACAGAAUCUAUUGUUAACAUAGACUGGAACUACGCUUUUGUGGAGUCUUCAGCAAAGGAAAAUAUCAAUAUCCUGCAAAUCUUUAAAACUAUGUUGACCCAGGCAGGUAUUUCAUUUGAUCUGGAAGCAGCAGUGAAAAGACGAAGAAAAUCUUUGCCAGUCCAGUCAACUUACCCCAAAAUGGAACAUACAGAUGAAAAAAGACCGAGCUGUGUUAUACAGUAAAUUAUUGUUCUUUAUUUUUUAAAAAAAAUUUUAUAAAAAUAUUUACAGCUUUUAUACAUU